GCACUGAGGGUCUGUAGUUGGGGCGCGAGUCCACCGCCAAAUUCAAACACAGAAAGACUUCCCGUUGACGACUACAGUUAGACGUUUCUCCAGGAGACACACAGAGAGGGAACAAACAACUUUACAAGCUUCAGCAUGUCGUCGUCGGUGAUGAGUGGCGUGGCGGUGUGGAGGGCUCACAGCGUCCUGGAGGAGUCAGACGGGGGAGAGUCUAGCUCCCCUGAGGCACCCCCCCCUGACCGCUUCAGGAAGCUACGCUCCUCCUCCUCUCUCAACUCCCUCCGCAUGUCUCUGAAGAAGAGGCUUCCGCUGCGCUCUGUACAGACCAACUCCCUGCCAGACCCUGAGCUGACCCCUGACCCCACCUGGGAGAGUCUGCAGGCCAAUCAGAAGACCAACGCUGUCUGCCAGCUCACACGCAGCGCACGCAGCCACAUCGGGGGAGUGUACCAGAAGCUUCAGAGGAACAGAGCAGUGGUACAGGAUCAGGAGGAGUGUUUGGUGGUGACACCUGGCCAGGUGUGUGAGGGGGGAGAGAACAACGAGGGGGUCACCUCCCGUACACCCAGGCGCACCCCCGUCCGUUCCACCACACUCAUACCUACAACAACCCCCAGUCGCACCCCCAGAGCCACCGCGCCCAAACGCACCCCUGCCUCAGGCCGCAGGGGGAGGAGAACCCCAGGGCGAAGUCCUGAGGUGACAGGGGUGAAGAACGUGGGAGGGAGGAGGCAGCUGGUUCGGAUGGCUGCACUACGAAGCCCCUUCGCAUCCCCUAACACUCAGAGCCUCAGACGGAAGUUUGGCCGGGACCUGGAGAGUGUGUCCAGCGGUCUCAGGAAGCUGAAACGUCUGUCCCACGCCUUUGAUGAUGUCAUAGGGAGAGACGACCGCAGAACCUUCAACUACUCUCUAAUUGCAGAGUGAAUAUGCAGAGGUCCUGUGCAGCAGAGCGUUAUGGAGGGGUGAGGAGGUUGGACCCCAGCGGGAGGCUGGGCUGCUCCUCUUUCACAGAGCCAAACGCCUCCUACUAGCUCAGUCUCACGUCAGAAUUAGACUUUGAUCCGUGUUUCUCAAACGUCAACUUGCAAAGUUUUUUAAAAGAUUGAGUUUAGGCAUUUAACUCAAAUGUGUAAGAUUUAGGGUUAAGUUCAGGCUGGUUUCCCCCCUCAGCUCCCGACGUCCUCAGACAUAGAUGGACGUCGGAUACUGACUUGUAUCACGGGGGACCUGGUUCACCUUGCAGUCCUCAAGCCACACUGAACCCCACAUACCUUCCUGUUACAGUGGGUUGGUGUGAGGAAUAUGUAUCUUUCCAUAUUCUAGAUGUACAGUUGCAGCCAAAUAGAUUGGCAUCCUUGCAACUUCUCUUAAAUAAUUCCCUAUUUCUUCUCUUAAGUUAACGUUUGAAAUUGGAUUGUCAACAUUGCAGAACAUAUGUUUAUUUUGUUGCUAGUACUUGUUUUUGCACAGCUUUUUGUUCAAGAUAACUGCAGACAAAUGUUUCUUCUUCCAUCAAUGAGCUGCACUAUUCUACUGGCGAUUUGACCUUCAGAAAAUAACAGAUCUAGUUAUUCAAUGCCCUCCACCAACUGCUGUUUGGAGCUCUCCCCCAACGUAAUGGAUGUGAUUCUGGACUCUUCACUGGCCUCUCCAGAACAGUCCAGCGUUUUCUUCUCGAACCAUUCCAGGGUGCUUCUAUGUGUUUUAGGGUUGUUGUCCUACUAGAAGACCCACAACCUUCAACAGAGAGACAUUGCACUCCAAAAUGCCCUGAUAAUCUACUCAUUGCAUGAUUAUUUUGUCUUGUUGGGGGGCGGGGGUCUUUCUGGUGUCUCCUUCAGCAGCAGGGUCUUCCUGGUGUCUCCUUCAGCAGCAGGGUCUUUCUGGUGUCUCUUUCAGCAGCAGGGUCUUCCUGGUGUCUCCUUCAGCAGCAGGGUCUUCCUGGUGUCUCCUUCAGCAGCAGGGUCUUUCUGGUGUCUCCUUCAGCAGCAGGGUCUUUCUGGUGUCUCCUUCAGCAGCAGGGUCUUCCUGGUGUCUCCUUCAGCAGCAGGGUCUUUCUGGUGUCUCCUUCAGCAGCAGGGUCUUUCUGGUGUCUCCUUCAGCAGCAGGGUCUUUCUGGUGUCUCCUUCAGCAGCAGGGUCUUUCUGGUGUCUCUUUCAGCAGCAGGGUCUUUCUGGUGUCUCCUUCAGCAGCAGGGUCUUUCUGGUGUCUCCUUCAGCAGCAGGGUCUUUCUGGUGUCUCCUUCAGCAGCAGGGUCUUCCUGGUGUUUACCAACAACCAAAACAAAGCAUUCAGAUAAAAUAACACAAUCAAAGAUGGUGGAGGUUUGCUUUGCUGCUUCUGGUACUAGUGGUCUUGGAACACGUGCAAGACAUGAAAUCAGCAGAUUCUGGGUUUCUGGAGUCCAAUGUUCAACCCAGUAUCCAAAAACUGGGUCUCCAUUAAAGGUUGUGGGUCUUCCAGCAGGACAAUGACCCCUAAACAGAGGUUCUGGCGUGCCCAGCUAAGAGUCCCCAAAUUGACAGUUGAAAAGGUGUGUCAAGCAUAUAUAUUUUUUGCUUCAAGAAGUGUUUGUCUGCGGUUAUCUUGGUCAAUAGGCUGUGCAACCAAGUACUAGCUCUGAGGUGCCAAUAAUUUUGUCGAUGACAUUUGUCUUUUAAGUUUACAAUUAGUAAUUUUAGAAAAUAAAGUUUACCAAAAAAUAAAAUUGGUUCUGCAAUGUUGAAGAUCUAAUAAGGUGUGGUGACUAAACGUUUCUCAAAUUUGAACUUAUUUGAGAAAUGGCAGACUAAGAAAAGUACAUGCGUGUGUUGGUACAUACCGGUUACUGUCUACCAGCCUGGGACAGUUUCUAUACAGUAUGUUCAUGUAUUCUAUUCACCUGAUGAUUCCCCGCCCACUUGACCCAGUUCUUUGACCCAGUUCCUGGUCCAACAGGAUUGUUUGCCCAUUCACAAACAAACAAAAACACUGUUAAAUAUAAAUUACAUGUCAAAAAUAUUCCAUUUUUAUACCAGACCUGAAGGAGGAAAAAGUCAUAAGGUGAAUACUUAAACAGAAUGGGAUUCGUUUCUAUGUUCAUAGAUUCUAUAAUGUAACAGGUUUGUUUUAUACAUGAUGGGAUGUUAAGGUAAAGCCGGGGGUGAAAGUAGAUGGCAUGUCUUAUCGGUAGGGGUCAGCCAAGAGCACGCACGCAUUUUUACUGCGAAAAUGACAGAGUAGCCUACUCUGCUGACACUGACGAACAGAUCAACAAAACGUCUGAUCCAUAUAAUUGGCCUACGAAAACGGGAGGCACAAAUACAAUGGAGGGGGAUAUUAUUGUCCAAAAACAAACAAAAGUGGCACUGAUCCAAUGAUAAAGACUGAAUAUGCACACACCGGGGGGGACACCAUCUCUGCUGGUGCCAGGAAGAUAGGCUACUGUUCGUUCGAUUAAGUUAAGAAUUUUGAAAGCUAAAAUACAGAUUGGAGUCUUCUGACUGUAAUAUGUUUUACAGCAAUAUCCAUGUCCUUUCUAAACAGUUUUUCCGGAUUGUAAUCUUUAAAUAUUGCGAUAUGCAUGGCCGGGUCUCUGCUUUUCACUGACAGUCGCAACGCAACAGUCAUCUAUUGGUAUUGCAGCAGCCGCUGCCCACAUUGCGGGCCCUUCCGACUGGGGGUUGCGAUUUAAAACAAUCCACAGGUUAAUAAAAUAAACCAAUGAUCCUCUGUUGCCAAAUCAUGCUUUCUGGUGUAGUAGCCUAUUUUGAAUGAUUUUAUUCAUUUAUGUAUAGACAGGAGUAAGCUAAUUAGGCUGUAUAAUUUUGCCAAUUUAAUUCAAUUUGGGGAAAGCUUAGUUUAUGCCUUUUUUAAACGUGGCAUGAACACAACCAGUUAUGGAGUUUUCAUCCGGUUGUCAAACAAUCACUUAAAGGCGCUCCUGUGGGCCCGCGCACAUUCAUCCGGUUGUCGCUCCUGUGGGCUACCCGCGCACAUUCAUCCGGUUGUCGCUCCUGUGGGCUACCCCCGCACAUUCAUCCGGUUGUCGCUCCUGUGGGCUACCCGCGCACAUUCAUCCGGUUGUCGCUCCUGUGGGCUACCGCGCACAUUCAUCCGGUUGUCGCUCCUGUGGGCUACCCGCGCACAUUCAUCCGGUUGUCGCUCCUGUGGGCUACCCGCGCACAUUCAUCCGGUUGUCGCUCCUGUGGGCUACCCGCGCACAUUCAUCCACUUACAAAUUCAUUUCAGCAUCCAAACCCCAACAGUGCACUGUGCAUCCGCAAUUUGAUUAAUGGAAAGAUACAUGUGUUACAAAACACCGCCGUUUAGAUUGAAAUGAUGUCCUGUGAUUGUCAUUAGGAAGCAGUACACUUGUAGUCUGAAUUGAUGUAUCCACUGUUGUCCUCGGUCUCGGCCACUCAUCUCCGCCAUGACAAAACGUCAGUUUUCUCCUCAAACUACAACGCAGUUUGGAGAACAUUCCACCCGGUUUCCAGUCAAUUCCGCUAAUUGUUCUUGCGGCUGACACGCAGUACUGUUCCAUAAUGGUGUAAUAGCCUGUAGUUUUUUGGGCAUGUUGUAUUAAUUGUAAUAGGUUCGCCCUACCGGAACAUACAUUACUUUCACCCCUGGGUAAAGCUGACAUUCAAUCAGAGUCUAGGGCCACUGUUAUUCCAAUGGGAAAGGGGGAUACCUAGACAGUUGUACAACUGAAAUGUGUCCUCCGAAAUGUAACCCCAACCCCUCUGAAUCAGAGAGAGUUGCGGAGGGUUGUCUUAAUCGGCGUCAGGGGACUAAUGAUAACAUGUUAUUCAGAUGUUGGGAAUCCAUGAUGUAUAUUAUUGAUAACUACAUGAUGUAUAUUCUUGAUAACUACAUGUUAUGAAUCAAUGUUGCAUAUUCUUAAUAACUACAUAUCAGGAGUGAUCAGAGCGUCUCCUGUCGGCAUAGGGACUAAACUGACGAGACAGAGUCACUGAUGCCAGUAACCAGUCUUGUAACAGCACAUUGCAAUACAUCCGGGUUACACUGGUGUUGCAGUAAUUCACAUUUACCGACAGACAGCAUCAAAGUGCCAUUUUACACCCAUAACACAAACCUUCCCAAAAUGCUUCACCAGGCACGUAGAUUAAGAACAAAUUCUUAUUUACAAUGACGGACAACUACCAAAUGUUACACUAAUAUUCUAUGAACACUAAUAUGUAAAGAGCAAAUGGCGUCAGGGCAGGUGGGGCUGGCCUGUUUUGCAUGUUAUUUUGGCAUUAAUACGUGUCACAUAUCAGUUUGCAAAAAAUGUAGACAAAUAUAUAUCAUUGAGUUAAUAAAGCUGGAAACAAA